AUGCAACGCGCUCGCGGCGGUUGUAUGAGCUGUCGGCGGCGGAAACGAAAGUGUGACCGCCGCCGUCCGUUUUGCGAAGCCUGUACUCAACGAGGGAUCCAAUGCCCUGGAUACUCAACGCCACUGCGCUGGGUGGAUGGUGCUGCGAAUCACUCCUCUGCCGGCGAAGGUAGCAGCAAUGCUACUAUCAAUUCAGCCGGAUCCAACACUCUCGCAAGUCAGAUCGCACUUCCGAAUCGCCCCAGCCCUCAGGUACAGACGACGCAUGUUACGGAUGAGCUUUUCCAUAAGUUGUGCUCAUGGGUCCAGCCGUUCUUUGUUGAGAUGUCUGCCAAGAGCAAAUCUCUAGUAUUGCUAUCUUCCACCAUCCAAGCAUAUCUUGAUGAAGGUAGCUCGGACAUGUCUGUCUCCUCAAUGGAGUACGUUGACACUGCUCUGAAGGAGUUUCGGCGCGAAAUCGUGGCCCAUUACGAUGUUAUGCCGGCUGCCACGGCAUGCUCUGGCGUACUGCUAUGUGUUCUUCAAUUCCUUCAAGCCCAACCGUGUACACCCGUCAUUGGACUACUCGCCGAAACCUUCCAUCUGAAUGCUCCUAUAUCAUUUCUCAAUCCCAAUCCCGAGCAUGACCUCUCAGUACGGCAUGCCUUGGAAUUCAUCGGUCUCAUGGACAUGCCCUGUCUCGUACUAGGAAGAAAGUGUCCCUCUCUCGGUAUUUGGAGACGCUUUCGACAAGUUCAAGACUCCUGGAAAGGGGGAAGAGUCAAGGCCUUGGAAGUCGUCACUGGUGUGCCGCAUUCGCUGCUGGAUAUCUUCGCCGACACCCCAUUCGAGACGGCGGAGGUCUCCAUAAGUCGAUUUUGGGGAUGGCCAGGUGAAAUGGGCGAACGCGAGCAGCGUAUUGUAAACGCGACACAAAAAGACGGCCAAUUCGUUGGCGACGAUCGGCAGGACGCACUGCCAAGUUCAGAAAUUGUUCUAUACCGUCUAGUAUCAGGACUUCAUCUCUUUUGUGUGGCGUGUCAGCUGCCCGAGAAUCAGCAUCUGUUGUGCCGCAAUGGCAUCGUCUUCCCUCUGAUAACGGCAUGCCUCGAAACUCGACUCCUUAAGCGGCAUCCUGACUGGAAACAUACUGUGGAUGACGUGCUGUCGGCUGCUAAGAAGAGGUAUCUCUUUCAGUUGGCACGAUCUACAUGGGAGCUGCUCGAUGAAGCUUGGAAGGAUGGUACAAUGGAAUUUGACCUAGAUAAAGCAGCAUCACGCAGAGGCCAGGAGGUUUCAUUAUUGUAG